AUGUUGUCUUCUUCCAAGCUCUACGUAGGAGGAAGCAUCAACACGAGAGCGCUGCCUGGCGCAAGAGUGGAGUUUGUAGCAGACACCCUUCGACUGAAUCUAUUAGAAUUAGGAAAAUCUGGCAGUCACCUCAUCCAAGUAGCAGGGAGAAUUGAUUACAAAUGUCCAACAGGAGAAACCCAUGAUCCUAUAACGUUUACGACAAGAGAAUCACAUUUGGUGAGUACCUGA